GUUUGUGUAGGUCAAAGCCUCCGAGGUGUAUACCUCUCACUUGGAAAAUAUUUCACGUAAAACAGAAAACAAAGGUUUCGUAAGUUUCAAAAUUGUUCUUGGCGCGCUGACUCUGAAGUACAAAAUUGAUAAUGGUGUCCAGUUUUUUACUGAAAAUACCAUGACGACAAUUCAAGAUGUUUAGUAGGAGUUUAUGGACAAUGUUUCAAAGAAGUGGACCGUAUUCCAUCAACACAGAAACUGAUUCAUGGAAUGGAACAAUUUUUUGCCGCCUCCAAUCGUUUCAGCAUAAGGCUAUUACGAGCUCUCAAUACAACAACAGACACAUUUUUCAGCCCCUUCAGUGUAUGGUCUUCAUUGGUUUUAGUAUAUUUAGGUUCAAAAGGUACAACAGAAAAAGAACUUGAAGGCGUACUAAGCAUACAAGGAAUGGACAAAAAUGCGGUAGCCCACAGUUACCAAUCCUUGAAAUCUUGGUUCUCAUCAAAGAUCAAAGCUUCAACUUUUACCAUGAGAAACAACAUAUUUCUCCAGAAAGAUAUCAGAAUCUAUUCUUGCUUGGUGCCUUUCUUGAAGAAUGAAUUAGCAUACACUGACUUUCGCGAGAAUCCAGAACUGGCUCGGGUUGCCAUCAAUUUUCUCAUACAGAGGCAAACCAAAGAUAAAAUUAAAGAAAUUUUACCACCGAACAGUGUCCAUAGUUUCACUGAAUUCAUAGUGACCAGUACUAUGUAUUUCAGGGGACUAUGGCUUCAGCCUUUUUUACCACAAUCGACAAGGCCUGGAUAUUUCUUUACAUCUCACUAUGAAUAUUCUCUUGUAGAAAUGAUGGUUGCACAUGACACUUAUAAUUAUGCUACUAGCGAUGAGCUACAGUGCACAGCUAUUGAAAUGCCAUAUGUAGGGAAAUCUCUGACAAUGGUUGUAAUGCUCCCAAAGAAUAAAGCUCAUGGGGUGCAAAUACUAAUAAAUUCGUUGACAGUCACAAGACUGAAUGAUUUGAUAGAUGAUAUGUUUCCAAGAGACAUGGUAUUAGCUCUUCCAAAGUUUCAACUUGAAGACAGUUUUCAACUCUCACCUACUCUUUUAAAAUUAGGUUUAAGAGAUCUUGCCACAGGAACUCUCAAUUUGACUGGAUUUACCAAGGACAAGAUGCUAGAAAUUGAUGCCGUCUAUCAUAAAGCUAGAAUUGCAGUGGAUGAAUACGGAACAGAAGCAUCGGCUGCCACUGCAACUGCGUUUCCCAGACGUUCCCAUUCAACCAAAAUAAUAGAUUUUAUUGUAGACAGGCCAUUUGUUUUCUUCAUCAGAGAGAAUCAUUCUAACAGUAUAAUGUUUAUGGGAGUAGUUCGACAUCCAAGGCAUUUAAAAUCAAUAGUUAAUUUUCACUAUGUUAUUGAACAUUUUUAUUAGUAAUUUGAAUAUAUUUUUUUAACUCAUCUUUACCGCAGUUUUAGCA